AUGCAUUUCUCCAGGAUUGUGGCUUUGGCCUUCACCAUCAUCCCCGCCUCUCUUGCAGCUCCAGUCGAGACGCAACCACUGGCCACCAUUUAUAAACUAGCCAACUUUGAAGGGUACAUGCAAUCAGUCACCGCUUCAGGAAUCUGCUCUUACAUGCUCCCCGAUCACAAUAACCCCAUCGGAUCACUGAAAGUGACAUCGGGAACCACCUGUGAAUUUUAUGCGAGCCGCGGUUGUGGUGGAGAGCUAAUUGGCAAAGCCACAUCGGAUCGACCAGACCUCGUAAAGGAGGGUCUUACCGUCUACGGAAUCAUUUGCUCUUAG